AUGCCGGCUUCUCACCAAAGGGGCGGACACUGCCUCACUCUCUUGGUCCGCGCUUUGAGACAGCUUGCAAGACAUUCGUUGGCUACCCUAGCUGGCGCGAUGAACGACAACGCCAUCCAGGCUCGCGAGCCUCCGACAAUGGUCUCAAUGGAGACCUCAGACAACGCCAUGGAGCGCCGCGAAGCAUGGGAUGGGAAUCCUGACGAUUCAAGACCUGUGUCUCUACCUCCACCUUCGCGCACUAUGGUGUCUGGAUCCGUUAUGGCGGUUGUCGCCAUCUUUGUCAACUCCGUUCUCGGUGGAGUCUACUGCAACACUAAGCCCAGUGGAAAAUACUUUGAUUGCGGUGCAAAGGGAAUUCGCGGCGAAUUUGUCGACAUUUGUGGGAGUUAUUGGUGUAAGAACAGUUGCGGCCCAACCUACAAGGAAACACUUUGCACGGCGUAUCACGAUCCCGGUCAACCCGCCACUCCCGACGAUCCCGGCGACCCCAUUCAUGGAAUUCCGCCAAAGUUCGGACAUCCGGCGGAGCCUCCCACCUGGAGACUUGCGGACUGUUACUGCCGCGGUCCUUGAUCCCUCCUCCUCAACGGCGGCAACACUGGCAGCGGACGCAAACUCAAGGAACGCAAUUU